UAAACAUUACAUUGAGAUGGGGAGGUGAGGGCUGGAAGUCCCCAGGUUUGCUACCCGUGGGGUUUUUAGAUUGCACUUCUGGGGUUACGUUUGACCUGGGACCUGCAGCCGGAAAUAACUGCGAGCCCUGCAGGGUGUUGGAAUAGAAACAAGGCACAUUCCUACCAGCUUAACCGUCAUCCCCCUCUUUUUACAUCUUGUGUAAGGGGAAUAAAAAUCCCACCUGCUAGAACUGUGCAAAUUGAAGCAGAUGGUAUAAAGUGUCAAGCACAGUAGAUACAGAAAAGAUUCUCGAUGAAGUUGUUUCCGUUUUCUACAGGCCUCUCCAGAUGGUGAAUGCAGUGCCCUUAUUUUGUAUUUGUCCUGCCACCUGAUUAGUCUUUACUGAUUACUCUCCAGUUGCCCCACUAACGUACCUUAGGGCUGCUGGUCUGGUUUAAAUGUUUGUAGUGAAACUCAUCUUUGGGAUGAAUUUACACCAGCCCAUCCAUUGCCUGUGCAUGUUUUCAAAGGGAUGCUCAUUUACCAAAAUAAAAUCUUGAACUUCUGUUAUUUGAGACAGUAAAAGACAGAAGUGAAGAGAUUCUGGAAGUUUAGGGGGUGACUAUGUUUGGGUACAGUCAGGACAGCUGAAAGAUAUCAAGUAGCUAGGCUGUCCUGACUGAGAAUCUUUGACUUUAUGUUUGUUCUGGUGGUGGUGACUACUGCUGUUGUUCUCUUGUUUAAUAGUUUAUUUUCUACUCCAGCUUUUGAACCCCAAAGUUGUGUGUGUGUGUGUUUCCAAUCUCUCCCCCUACAGCUUUUUUAGAAAAGGCAGCUUGUCUGUGGUCAUACCACCCUGAGCGCGCCUGAUCUCGUCUGAUCUCGGAAGGGCUAAAUUAAAAGAAGAGGAAAAACCUCUGAAUUUCAGUUGGAAACAUCUCUAAGUAUUUGUUACAGUGUAUAAGCAGCUAAAGGCAAAGUGGCCCCAACAACGCUAAUUGAAUAAUUGAGGCAGGUUUAUGUGUGUCAUCAAAUUCUAUCCAGAAGUUGAAGAAUAUUUCUAUAAAUUUAAGGACUGUGUGCAUUUAAUGAGAAAAUGAACUUUCAAUUUAAUUUUACUAUUGAAGACCAUCUGGAAAAUGAGUUAACACCCCUUGGAGAUGGAGCUUUGAUGCUGGAUUCCUCAAAAGAGCUGUCAGUCUUAGAAAGUCAAAAAGGAGAACAGAGGUACAGAAAAUGUUCUAUGGAACAAUUUGACUUGCCUCAGGAUCACUUGCGGGAACAUAAGUCAGUGGAAAAUGCAGCUCAUUCUCAAGACACAGACAGUCCACCCAGUGCAGCUUUCAGUUCAAGUCACUUAGAGCCACAUGAAGAACAGCCCUGCUUGAGAGUUGCCAAAGAGCAUGCUAUGCCUAAAGAUUUAAAGAAAGUGUUAGAAAAUAAAGUCAUAGAAACAUUACCAGGUCUCCAGCAUGUUAACUUAUCAGCAGUUAAAACCAUCUUGUUGAAAGACAACUUCCCUGGAGAAAAUAUAGUUUCAAAAAGCUUUUCUUCUCACACUGAUCUGAUUACAGGUGUUUAUGAAGGAGGCUUAAAAAUCUGGGAAUGCACCUUUGACCUUCUAACUUAUUUCACAAAGGCCAAAGUGAAAUUUGCUGGGAAAAAAGUGUUGGAUCUUGGCUGUGGAUCAGGGUUGCUGGGGAUAAUUGCAUUCAAGGGAGGGGCCAAUGAAAUUCAUUUUCAAGAUUAUAAUAGUAUGGUGAUUGAUGAAGUAACUUUACCUAAUGUAGUAGCUAACUCCACUUUGGAAGAUGAAGAAAAUGAUGUAAGUGAACCAGAUGUGAAAAGAUGCAGGAAAUCAAAAGUAGUACAAGAACUAUAUAAGUGUCAGUUCUUUUCUGGGGAGUGGUCUGAGUUUUGUAAGCUUGUACUAAGCAGUGAAAAACCCUUUGUCAAAUAUGAUCUCAUUCUCACCUCAGAAACCAUUUACAAUCCGGAUUAUUAUAGUACUUUGCACCAAACAUUCCUUAGACUGUUAGGUAAAAAUGGACAAGUACUUUUGGCCAGCAAAGCACAUUAUUUUGGUGUAGGUGGAGGUGUUCAUCUUUUCCAGAAGUUUGUAGAAGAAAGGGGUGUAUUUGAGACUAGAACGCUCCAAAUAAUUGAUGAAGGACUAAAGAGGUUCAUAAUUAAAUUGACUUUUAAGUGCCCUGGUUAAUGUUCAUUGAGUGUCCUAAGUGAAAUAAACACAAUGACCAAAAA